AUGUCCAACUCACUAGAUGACGUUUGGGGAUCAGACUCUGAUGAUGAUGGCAGCGUUGUACAAGAAUCACCGGAUUUCAAGAAGCUACGAGACAUCCAUUUCAAAAGAGGAUACGUUGAUGGGAUCAGUGGAUCUAAAGAAGCUAAAUUACAAGAAGGAUUUGACACGGCAUUCCCAUUAGGAAGUCGACUUGGUAUGGAAGUUGGAAGAUUGAUUGGAAUAUUACAAUUUCUUGAUUUUAAGUAUGGGAAAGAUGAUGAAGAAUUACACGGAGAUUUCCAAUUGGCACAAAAGGAACUUAAGAUUGACAGAGUACUCAUCAAGUCGAUGUUUGAUAGCGAUUUAAACUUAAUGGGGGAACAUCAGGUAAUAUCUAAAUGGAGACGUAUUGUAAAAGUACAUUGCAAUAAAUACGCAGCAAGUAUUAGUUCAACGAUAGGUAAUUAA